AUGAAGAGUGUAUUUAUCAGCAGCACUGGCGCGAGCGGGUAUAUUGGCGGGGAUAUCUUGUCCGAGUUAAUCGCAAGAUACCCCGAGCACAGCUACCGAGUACUCGUACGCAGUCAGGAAAGCGGACAAAAAAUACAAAAAGUCUAUCCCGGCAUCAGAGUUAUCCAAGGGGAUCUGGAUAAUAGCGAGCUUCUUACUGCAGAAAGUGCCAGAGCGGACAUCAUCAUCCAUACUGCCGAUGCUGCAGACCACCUACCUGCAGCCCGGGCAAUCGCCAAAGGGCCAUACCCGGACAGACCGGUAUACUGGCUGCACACGAGUGGAGCUGGUCUUUUGUCUUUCCACGAUACCGAGAACAAAAUAUACGGAGAGCGGAGUGAAAUAAUUUAUGACGAUCUGCGAGACAUCCAACAGAUUCUCUCGUUCCCCGACCAUGCCUUUCACAAGCUUGUUGACAAGGCAGUCCUUGAGGCGGGCACAGUAUCGCCAACCACUCUCAGAACGGCAGUAAUUGCCCCAACCACUGUCUACGGCAAAGGAAGAGGCCCUUGCUUCCAACGAAGCAGACAAGUGUAUGAAAUGUCGAAAUUUAUUCUUGAAAAUUGCCAGAUCCCCAUCAUUGGCAAGGGUCAAGCAAUUGGGUCGAACAUUCAUGUUCACAGUGUGACAUAUCUUUUUAUGCAUUUCUUCGAGGUCGCCUUGCGGGGAGAAGGCGAUGGUACUAUCUGGGGUCCUGAGGCAUACUAUCUUGUUGAAGAGGGUGAGCAUUGCUGGGGUGAAUUGGCUCAUUCAAUUGGUGAAAUAGCUCUCAAAAGGGGGUUUCUGAGAAAUCAACCCAAGCAAAUAGCGCUGGAGAUGGAUUCGGCUCAGGAAUUAGCUGGCUUUGAGGCAACGAGUUGGGCGUAUAACAUGCGUUGUCGUGCGAGUCGGGCUCGCUCACUUCUCGGCUGGCAGCCCCGUGGGCCAUCUUUAGAGGAUGAGCUUCCGGGUAUUGUUGACGAGGAGUUUGAGCGAUUGAAUGGGAAAUAG